GCUCUGCCAACAUAUACACGAAAUUCAUUUGCGGAGUGUGAGAUUUUAACAUUUCUUUAUCAAUGAGAAUUAAGUUAAAGCAAAAAGCUUAGAAAUUACGAAAAAAGUUAAUAGAAUAUAAGAAAUCCUAAAGCUUUUACGAUAUACUUGUUAAAUGUUACCAGUUUUGUAAGCAAAAAUGCUGCUGGCUGCUACACAAUCUACGUAAUCGAAACGCAGUCAUCAUCAUUGACGAUUCAUUUUAACUAUACAAGAAUUUAGUACGAUAAUAAACUCCGGAAUUUAAGGAACAAAAAGCGGUUCAUGAAGUUAAAUUAUACAAAAUAUAAACAAUUACAACGCGUUUUGUAGUAAAAAAAGUGUUUUUAUUUAUAUAUUUAAGAGUAAUUUUAAAGAGUAAAAGAGCGAAUGUCAAAACAAAUAUAUUAGUGACGUCAUUUCAUUAUUGUGUUUUGUUUAAUAAAAAAUAAACAACCAACAACAGUGAAGGCCUUUAAAAUUUAGGCAAAUUACUAAAAAAAAAUCAAAACAAGUGUGUUUUUUGAAUUAAUAAUUUAUACAAUAUGCAUAAUACACAAAAAAUUUUCGGGCAAAUUAGCCGAACUUUGUUAAAACAAAGCCUCCGUUUUGAAAUAAAUAAACAACCACAACAAAAGUUAUUAACUUUAACUUGCCAUUUAUCAAAUACACCUGCUUCACAGGACGAUGCUCAUACGAAUAAGACACCUUCUUCUUGUGCUGUAAUUCCCGCCCAAAAUUAUUCAAAAUUUACUGCCGCUCGUGAGGGUUUACCGUUGGCCGGUACCCAAUUGAUAUGCGAAGAACGCGCUUUUGAUUUGAUCUCAAAUCUUAAAGAAACAGAAUUGGCGGCCAUUAAAUUGGCCUUGAAGAAACAUGAAGCUAAACAGCAAAAAUUAGGUUUUGAAGGUGAGUUUUCAUUGAAAUCUUUAUAAUUUUUAAAAAUUUUU